AUGGCGACAUUUGCAACCUGUCCUGACCUGCAUCGACACCCUUCGACACACCUCGCAGGGUUGGCUGCCAUCUCUUUCUGUGCAAAGGACAAUGUCGAUGACGAACUACAUGGCGUCCCGCCGGCGACUUCUUAUAUCUUUGGUCAAAGCCAGUUUCUGAAGAGUCUUUCUCACCCAAAUCUGUGCGAGUACCUGGAUGUCAUCAAAGGGAAACGAGACCGAUUGUUCGUCAUUCAGGAACACUACAAUAACUCGCUGGGACUCAUUCGAAGCACACAGGAGAGCGACGAAAAGGAAGGUGCACUCAAAGGACAAGGCCUAUCACAGAUUCGGUCAUGGGCAGCGCAGAUUCUGGACGGACUCGUGUACCUCAACACCCACGGAAUAGCACAUCGGACCCUCACCCUGUCUAACGUCCUGCUGAACGAAAGCGGAACCAUCAAACUCUCCAACCAUGGACUCUACAACAUGACCAAGGGAGGCUCGCUUGUCCAAUUCUCGAUCGGGGAUCCUCAUUAUCUCUCGCCAAAUACCCUCGGACAAAAUUAUACCUCUGGCCUACAGGAUUACUCGGCUGAUGUUUGGUCUGUCGGUGUGGUAUUGACAGAGAUGUUUCUAGGAGAGUCGUUCUGGCGCAAGGAUCGUCUUGACUUGGACGAGUUAAUCAGCUCUCUCUUCGCAAUUCGGCGGCUGUCGACAAAGUCUAGAUCCUGGAUCCUGGAUUGUCCCGAGAGCAUAGGCGUCAACCCUGUGGUCCUAUCGUUCCUCCAGUCUGGAAGUCUAGCGCAUCAGGAGGGAGCAAGCUUUAAGGAAGAAGAGAGCGAACUCCAGAACUUUGCGACUUUUCUACGGGAAUGCCUCAGUCUCGGAGAGUCCAACAGCCGGGAAGCGGGGCAGAUGAGACGCCACGACUUUUUCAAGUCAUACGACUUGGCGCAUGGAAUUUCAGAGCCACUCUCAGAGCCAGCGCUCAAGCUAUGGCACGAGAAACCCUACAUCCAAUCCUCUUUCCUCCCCGACUAUGAAGGCGAAGUGGAGCGGCUACGCAAGGUCAUAUCAGAGGGCAAGGAUCUGGCGGAUGACCUUGAAGCGGACGGACAGGUACCCAACCCCUGCGGUAUAUUGUCCAAGCUCCCACUUUCCCAAGUCUUCUACCUCUGGAAACUGGCUGGAGGAGACGUCGAGGCGCAGUUCAGGAGGAAUGGCCGAUUGGUCGGAACUCCAGCUAUCCAGUUACUACCCAAGGUGGUCCAGAUCGCGGAAUCAAGUGCUGGAGGCAGUCGGGAAGAGCGCAGUUCUGUCAGAGAUAUUGCUGACUUGUUCUCGGAUAUGACGUGCGUCUUGCCUUUGGAGAAUCUGGAGGCAGAGAUUCUAAAGUCGAUUCAUGAGCCCAACAAAGACCAGUUCUCGUGGGACACGGAUUAUUUCCUCUUUUCAGAUCCAGACGAAAUGAACUUUUUGCAGGGCACCAUGGGAGAGAACAUGAGCAAGGGCAAGGGUGCAGGAAGCAGCAGCAGCAACAGCGGUGAAGACGGAUUUCUCUAUCCAGAUUCAAUGCGGUUCACACCCGGAACGCCCAACGGAGCUGCAUCGAAGCUCUCGUCUGGCCUGGCGACAGGAUUUCAACCAUUGGCUCAGCAGCCUACCAAGACGCGCGUGAAGGUUCCAUUAUCGAUUCGGGAGAAGGACCUCGGCUAUCAGUACCAGCGGCUGGCGAUGUUCACGGACCUGUUGCUGCAGUACCCUGCCUCGCGAGCAGAGAUCUUGCAUCAUUCAAAGAUCGACAUCCCACCGCUGCUCCGCGGCAAAGUCUGGGCUGCUAUUUUGGGCGUUGUGGGAGAUUAUCAGCAAGUCUACAGCGACUUUGACAAGUACACAGAGAAGUCGACUGACCAUCAGAUCGAACUCGAUGUACCAAGGUGUCAUCAAUACAACCAGCUCAUGUUUUCUCCGUCAGGACACGAAAAGAUGAAGCGUCUGCUUAAGUGCUGGGUCGAGGCAAACGAGCAUCUUGUCUAUUGGCAAGGGUUGGACUCCUGCUGUGCUCCAUUCUUGACGCUCAAUUUCAACAAUGAGGCGCUGGCGUUCUCUUGCAUCCAAAAGUUCCUGCCAAAGUACCUGAAGGACAUGUUCUUGCAUGACAACUCCAAGGUGAUCCAUGAAUACUUGGCAGUGUUCCGGCACUUGUUGUCGUAUCAUGACCCGGAGCUUUCAAGUCAUUUGGACCACAUUCGGUUUAUUCCACAGCUUUAUGCCAUCUCCUGGUUCAUGACCCUCUUCACUCACAUUUUUCCGCUGGACAAGAUAUACCAUCUUUGGGACAAGAUCUUGGUCGGCCCAUCGUCAUUACCGUUGUUUGUCGGUAUUGCGAUCUUGCAACAGUUUCGCCAGGAGUUACUUCGGUCCGAGUUCAACGAGGCGAUCGGAAUCUUUUCGGAAUCCUUCCCGGAGAUGGAUAUUGAAAAGUGUAUCGAGACCGCAUUGGCGAUGUGUAGAGUCACCCCACCUUCGACCUGCUGGCUUUCAUACGAUCAAGAAUCGAGAAAGAUGAGGCGGCAGUUGUCAUCUGGAGGCGAGGGUGGAGCAGGAGCUACAGUUGGAGCGGCGAAUGGCGAGACGAUGCCUUUUAGUCAAAAUGGAUCCCUCGUUCAUGGAGAAGCCCCCAGUUCUACCAACGCUACCAGCAACAAGACAACAGAUCAACAGCAGCCUCAACAAGAGUCCAGCAGGAGAUCAAGGGAUCUGGAGUUAGAGAAACGGCUUUCAGGAGGACUGGGUCUUGGACAAGGCCCUCAUGGUGGUGUCAACUGGUGGGAGGAGCCGCUCUCGAUCGAGACCAUGAAUGAAGAGCUGGCACCCCGAAUCCACCGCUCUGAUUUCGUCCGCUUGCGACAGCAGGCCUUGGUCAUUGAUAUUCGACCCGAGUCCGAGUAA